AUACGUAUUAUUUGAACGAAAUCGAAACAUCAUCACGUGAUCAAUCUGUUCAUAUGACAAUUUGGUGAAUUUUUUUGUUUUGUUUGAUAAUUUGAAAAAAAAUCAAAUGGAAUCAAAUUUUCAGCAACGUAAAAAUACAUUCUCACAAAAUGAAUUUCUACUACAAGGCAGUAUUCUAGAUGAAUCAUGUGAUGCAUUAUUACAGAAACUUCGUGGUUUCUGCGAUAAUUCCGAUAUGCCACCACCAAAAUUUAAAGAUCAUGAAAUGGUUUUUGCUAUAAAACUACCAAAUGGACCAUCAAGUAUGUUACGUGUACGACGAUCAAUGGAUUGUCCAACUAAUCCAUGGAAUUUACGUUAUCUCGGACAUAAUGAUACCGAUCGUAAUCGUGCAACAUUAUCACGUACCUGUAUUGAUUGUAAUACAACAUCAAAUGUCACACAAUUUCUGGCUGAAAUGGGUUUCAAAUUGGAAUUUGAAUUCAUUCUACGUGGUUGGAUGUUUCGUAAAGGUCGAAUGAAAAUUCUUGUAUUUAAAAUAUUUCGUAUUAAUGGUGGCAGUGGUGUAAUGGCCACUACUACUAAUAAUAGCACACCAAACGCUAUGGCUAUUGAAGAAAUGAAUUUGGAACAAAUAACUAAUUCACAUUUAGUAGAAUUGAGUGUUAUUGCACCAUCAUAUCAGACAGCCAUAACAGAUGAAAUGAAACAAUUUGCCGAAUUUUUAAAGCCAUUAGUUUCAUUGGAAAAUAUUGAUAUGCGAAAGAUCAAUCAAUGAUUACGAUUGUAAACUAUCAUCGAUGGAUGGUUAUCUUUUUAUGUUUUUUUUCUUUCAUUCAUUUUCGUAUUAUUAUUAAUUUUUAUUUUAAAUUUUGAAAAAAUUUUUCAA